ACUUUUUGUUUGUUUGUUUGUUUCUUCUUGCUAUUCUGUAAUGGCUUUUUCUUUGCUUGGCAGUUUACUGUAGGACGUUCAGAUCGUUCUAGUAGCUUGAUUUGAUCUAGCGCCCUCAACUAAAAACGCGGCUACGGAAUUCGGAUUAACAUACCCCACGGUCCCGAGCUACUGCCCCACCAUGUCCUACAAAAGGUCAAUAUCUGCCAAGCAGGAUGUCCCAAAAACACGCUCAACGAUGGCGACAUUUAAGUCUCUUCUCUUCAAUGCGAAGAAUUCGUUGACAGGUGUAACACCAGAACCCAUUACGAAUUUAUUCCCCAAGGUAGAUCCAGAGAUCGACGGAGAAGAUUGCGACCAUGAUUGCUCUUCAUGUGUGGUGAAAUGGCCUAAGGGAUUUAAGAUUGAUGAGGAGGAUGAGUUAUAUGGACAUAUUAAAGGAUGGUCUACACAUGUGCUGGUUGCGACUGGGAAGACAGAUUGGGUUCGGGAUGUUGCAGAUGAGAAAGGAAGUGUUAUGGAAGCUAUUGAGAAGAAGGCAGAUGUGAAGCCAAGUAAUGGAAGACUAAUGUUAUCUGCCUCGAACAUACCGACCCCGAACCAUAAUUCAGAUUACUCAGAGCCUACAACUGUCCUGCUUCUUCCAGCCUUUACCAUCAUCGAGAAUGUCUCCCCCAAGAACGUCAAUACCUUGAUGUCUGAAUAUGUCAACAAAGCACCUACAAAUACGAGCCCUCUUGAGCCAGUUUCUCUACCUGCGUCAUUACCAGAUCCUCUCCCUACAGCCGAACAAUUGACAUCUCGUCCAUGUCCACAUAGGGCUCUUAUUCUUCUCUGUUCUCAAAAGACUCGAGAUGCACGAUGUGGUCAAUCUGCGCCAUUACUGCGAAAGGAGUUAGAGAGACAUCUGCGAGUUUGUGGACUAUUUCGAGACUUGGACGAUGAAAGACCGGGAGGAGUUGGGGUAUACUUCAUCUCCCAUGUUGGUGGACACAAAUACAGUGCCAAUGUAAUGGUAUAUCGCAAAGCAGACGCGUUUGGUCUGGAUACUAUUCAGAGAGGGAAGUUGGACGGAGAUGUGUGCCCGCCACCAAGAAAAGAGGAAGGAGAGGCUGAACAAAUGGGUGCUGCACAGUGUAUAUGGAUUGCUAGAGUAAGACCUGAAGAUUGCGAGGGGUUGGUGAAGUUUACGGUCUUGCAAGGGAAGGUCGUAAAACCAGAAAGGCAGCUCAGGGGCGGAUUUGAUAGACAAAGAGGAGUCUUCAGCUGGUGAUACUCAGACAAGAUGGUAGACUUUGAUUGCACAGUUAUGGGAGCUUGGCGUUGGUUAGAUUGCACAUGAUCAAUGCUCCAGAGCUGAGCCUAGACGGAGUCGCUGCAUAUAGAACAUUUUUGCAUAUGAAGGCUUCUGCUCC